GCGUUGGGGGAACACUGUCAGCAUGGCCACUGCCCUUAAUUAAAUACGUUACUCUUUGCUUCAAGCCACAGCCACCAAACGGUAGCAAAUGUACCUCAAAGUCUGUUCAAUAACGUUUUGGGGAAACGUGUCGUUUAGUACAAACCGUUCCGCAACGUAGCAAACGUUCAAGCGAACUGAACGCACAGGUCUAGUGUACCGCGGUCUCGCGCACCGUGCAGACAGCCAAGCUCGAGCCUACCGGAGCGGUGUAACGUUCUGAACGGUAAAGAUGGCAGAACGACAGCAGAAACAUGAAGGCGGCCGAGUGAAGAUCGGACAUUACCUCUUAGGAGACACUCUGGGCGUCGGCACAUUCGGCAAAGUAAAGAUUGGAGAACACCAGUUGACAGGUCAUAAGGUGGCAGUGAAGAUCCUGAACAGACAGAAGAUCAGGAGUCUGGACGUGGUGGGCAAGAUCAAACGAGAGAUACAGAACCUCAAACUCUUCAGACACCCUCACAUCAUCAAACUGUACCAGGUGAUCAGUACUCCUACAGAUUUCUUCAUGGUGAUGGAGUAUGUCUCAGGAGGAGAGCUGUUUGACUACAUCUGCAAACAUGGACGGGUAGAGGACAAAGAGGCUCGUCGGUUGUUCCAGCAGAUUAUCUCCGGUGUAGACUACUGCCACAGACACAUGGUGGUGCACAGAGACCUCAAACCUGAGAAUGUACUGCUGGACCAUUCCAAGAACGCCAAAAUAGCUGACUUUGGGUUGUCAAACAUGAUGUCAGAUGGGGAGUUCCUGAGGACCAGCUGUGGAUCUCCCAACUACGCAGCUCCUGAAGUAAUCUCCGGAAGGUUAUACGCUGGUCCUGAGGUGGACAUAUGGAGCAGUGGGGUGAUCCUGUAUGCGUUGCUGUGUGGGACUCUGCCCUUUGAUGACGAACACGUUCCCACACUGUUUAAGAAGAUUAGAGGGGGCGUGUUCUAUAUGCCAGAAUACCUCACUCGGCCCGUUGCUUCCCUGCUGCUGCUCAUGCUGCAGGUCGACCCGCUCAAGAGGGCUACCAUUAAAGACAUUAGGGAACAUGAGUGGUUUAAGCAGGACCUGCCAGGCUACCUGUUUCCUGAGGACCCUUCCUAUGACUCCACCAUUCUGGAUGAGGAGGCAGUCCGAGAGGUGUGUGACAAGUUUGAGAGCACCGAGUCUGAGGUGAUGUCCAGCCUGUACAGCGGAGACCCUCAGGACCAGCUAGCGGUAGCGUACCAUCUGAUCAUAGACAACCGGCGCAUCAUGACCCAGGCCAGUGAGUUCUACCUGGCCUCUAGCCCUCCCCAGGGCUCCUUCAUGGAGGAUGGCAUGUCACUGCCCCCCGGGGUCAAACCACACCCAGAGAGGAUGCCCCCCCUGCUGGUAGACAGUCCCAAGGCGCGCUGCCCGCUGGAUGCCCUGAACACCACCAGAGCCAAACCCCUGGCAGUGAAGAAAGCCAAGUGGCACCUGGGCAUCAGGAGUCAGAGCAGACCCUAUGACAUCAUGGCUGAGGUCUACAGGGCUAUGAGACAGCUACAGUAUGACUGGAAGGUGGUGAACCCGUACCACCUGCGUGUUCGGAGGAAGAACCCAGUAACAGGCAACCUGGUGAAGAUGUGUCUCCAGCUGUACCAAGUAGACAACAGAUCCUACCUGCUGGACUUCAAAAGCAUCGAUGAUGACAUCAUGGACGCAGUAGGGUUUAAGUCAGGCUCUUCCACCCCCCAACGGUCAGGCUCCACUGCAGGGCUCCACAGACCCAGACUCAGUGUGGACUCAGCCUGUCCUGCUGUGGAUCUCCCCAAGCUCAGCUCCUCUCUGCCUGGGUCACUGUGCUCCAGCGCUGCCCUCCUCACCUCCACCUCCACCCCCACCCCGCGCCAGGGCAGCCACACUAUGGACUUCUUUGAGAUGUGUGCCAGUCUCAUCACCACGCUGGCCCGCUAGAGAGUGUAAACUCCUGCUGGGUAACUAGGGGCCUGGAGUUUUUCCUGGUCAAUGUCAUAUAGUCCGGAAAACUCCAGCUACCGCCUGCAUAACCAUCUGAAACAGAACACUGCCCUGAGCCUAUUUAGACAGUUUUAUAUUGGUGUGAUCCUGACCUAAUUCUCCAAGUACUGCAGAACACGCCUCUAACCACAGAUCUAGGGUCAGUUGUUCCCUCCUGGUGUUGUAGGUUUGGGCUAGGCAAGAUAAACUGAUCGUAGAUCUCUGAUUAGACUUCCUGUCUGUCUAGAGCAUGGAUGGGCAACUUUGAUGGGGGUAGCCACAAAAAAUCUGAACUCAUCAUUAGGGGGGUGCGGUGGCUCGCGGGACUGCUUACCCACAUCCAUACACACACAUGCAGUCAGCGUUUUGGAGGCCCUAAGCAAAAUUUGGCAAUUUAUAAACAUUUUAGUUUAGUCUUGACAGUGGAAGAAAUUGAUCUGCGGUCCUACAAAAGUGGCCAUGCGACCCGCGCGACACUAGUUGCCCAUCCCUGGUCUAGAGCCAGUCUGGCCGUGGGAAAGGUUAGAGGUCUCACUUGUUGGGGCAAACUCGUGUUAAGUCAAAUCUACUGUAGCUCCCAUAUGGCGCGUUCACGUGCUAGUCGAAACUAGGAAACGGACAUUUCUAACUGGUUGCAGUUAUGCACGUGCAGCGUUCAACCAGUUAGCAUGUCGGACAUUUCUGAGUUUCCUAGUUCCGACUAGCAUGUGAAUGCAGCAAUAAUGUUUGUUUACAGAUAAGCGGCGCCUCCAAUCUACUCUCAACCUCCAAUCAGCUCCAGAAUAGCCAUCACUUUGGAACAAACACACUGAGCAUUUUAUAUAUGGUUUUAUAUGGUUUUUGUAACGACACAGAUUUUGUUAUCCAUAUUUAUCAUAUAUAUUUAUAUUACUAUCACUUUGAGUAGUGUAGUAGCUGUUGAUUGUAACAUACAACAAAUGAAGUUAAAGAGAGGAUUGUUAUUAUUAUUUAGAUAUCAUAUUCCUAUUUAUUUUAAAGAGGUUGUUUUAGAGGCUCUGUGUGGUACUGAAUAUUGAGUAUUGAAGCACUGCUGAUGUUUGAGAAUUAUAUACGGACUUAAGAGAUGUUAGGUGAUGAGAGGUCAUAGAGAGAGAGCCUCCACUCUAUUGUUCUGUGGAUUAGUUAGCAUUGAUGCUACCUGACGGAGGAGGAGGGAGGGAAGGGUAUCUGUAGUGAACCUUUCUCCAGGUGCCUUAACACACGUUGUUUCUAGCUUGGUGACUGUUUUUGUUUGCAGAAACGGAAUGGUAAGCAGACUGUUUCUGUGUGUGUGUGUAGAGGACUGACAGACAGGAGCUUGCCAGGGAUUGGCCAGGAGAAGACAUACAGUACUGUAGUUUAUGUGCCAAUGAGAUUUGAGUUCUGACUAAUAUAACUAAAGAUACAGGAGGAGAGGGAAUAGAUAUGACAGAACACUGGAACAAAUCUCCCUUUACCAAUUGUCAAAUGGUUUACAGUAUAUAGUGUUCCAGAGUCCUGUCUGUGUCUCUUGUUCUGCUGGGGCCAGUGAGGGCUGGGCUCUUGCUGAUCUGAUGCAUGCUAGUGUGUCUGUGUUUCUCUGGUCUGUUCUGGUACCAUGAUGGUGGUCUGUUCGGUUUGUUAUUAAAUGUAGAAUCAUU